ACUUUUCCAUAACGCAUAACGCAUAAUGCAUAAGGAAAUGAGCCAAUCAGAAUCUUUAAUUUUGAUCCCCACUCCUCGUUCCGAGGAGCUUGCAUUGUACAUAAAGCAUAAUGCAUAAGGGGUCGAAAAAUACGUAAGAACGAAUUUUUAUGGUUAUGGGUUGUGCGAAGAGAAGUGCUUGCUGCGUACUACAUACUACAUACGACGAACUACUAGACAGUUUCUAACCUUUCUAACCUUUUCGGAAUAUUCUCUGAAGGAAAAUGGAUUAUGAUUCAUAUUAUUAUGCUUCAUCAUAUCAAAACGAGGACGAAGAUUUCGAUGAUGGUGAGAAUAAAAAUGAAAUGAGCGGCGAUGCUUUGCUGAUCUCUUUAGUACGUGAUUAUCCUUAUUUAUACAAUAAGGAAUUGACUGAUUUCAAAGAUAGCAUUAAAAAACAGAAUGCUUGGGUAGAAAUAGCUAAUGUCAUGGGCAUGACAGUGGAAGAGUGUCAAUCUAGAUGGAUGCAACUGAGGGAGCGCUAUUCACGCGAAAAAAAACAACAACAACAAGAAACAACCACAGGAAGUGGAGCAUCAAAAAGAAAAACGUUUGAAUUUUUCGACAAUAUGCAAUUCCUGGAACGAUUUGUUAAAAGGAGAAGAACGAUGACCAACAUACACAACAUACAAAACAAAAGCGUAUCUCCGGUGACAGGAUCUUCUAAUCUACAAAAUUUUUUUUGUUUCAGAAAUGUUGGCUUACAUGACGAAAAAGAGAAUAAUUCAACUUCUAUAAACGUGACUACUUUAAGAGUAAACAACCAUCAACAAAAAACAUCGUAGAUUUAACAAGUGACACCGCGCAGCAUGUAGGUAAUGACUCCUUAACUCCGGGUUUGCACUCAAAUGUAUCUGACAGCUCUUCCAUAUCUGCAAUAAGUGUCUCUGGCUAUACGCGGGACAAAGGUUUAAUUGGACAACGGAUAAAGUCAAAAGAAAAAUCCCAGUCGGAUGUUCUAGAAAAUGCCAUUGGUAAAGUUACCUGUUUAUUAGAGAACAGAUGUGUUCCAGUUUCUUCAUCGUCAUGAUCUCUAAAGCCGGAAAUAGAAGAAAAUACGGCGUUUUGUCAAUUAAUACUUUCAUUAUUUGUCAAUAUGUCUGAAUAUACAAAGACAGACAAAAAGAAAACAAUGUAGCGUAUUUUAUUUGAUAUGUAAUUGUUAUAUCUUAUAUGACAUUCUACGUUUAUUUUUUUUAUAUGACAUGUAAUUAUUAGUGAUACAUGUUAAGUUAUUUUUUUAUGCAAUAUGUGACAAUUAAUGAUACGAUAUAUUGUUCUUAUUUUUUAUUUUUAUAUAACAUGCAAUUAUUAGUGAUAAAAUAGAUUAAUUUUUAAUGCAACAUAUAUGAUAAUUAGUGGUACAUGUUAUGUUUAUUUCUUUUAUGCAAUAUGUGAUAAUUAAUGAUACGGUUUUUUUUUUAUUUUUAUAUAACAUGCAAUUAUUAGUGAUAAAAUAGAUUAAUUUUUAAUGCAACAUACAUGAUAAUUAGUGGUACAUCCUUGCCGAAAAUGGUCGAUUAAAACCGAUUAAAACAUAAUCCGUUUUAAUCGGUU